AUGCGAUCUUGUCUCUUCCCGUUGUUGGCUACGGCCGUGUUGUCGCAGGCUUCAGCCAUUCCAUCUGAUCAGUUUGUUUCAAAACGUGCAGUUGGAAAUUGGGACGAUGCCUACACAAAAGCAACAGCUGCGCUCGCCAAGCUAUCGCAGAGUGAGAAGAUCGGAAUCGUCACGGGUGUUGGCUGGCAGAAAGGUCCUUGCGUUGGCAACACCAAGGCGGCUGGCUCGAUUGGAUAUCCGUCACUUUGUCUGCAAGAUGGACCCCUUGGUGUUCGCUACGUCCAAGGUGUAACUGCCUUCAGUGCGGCUAUCCAUGCCGCUAGCACCUGGGACGUUGACCUUAUCCGUGAAAGAGGUGCCUUCCUGGGUGCGGAAGCAAAGCAGCUAGGUGUUCACGUCCAGCUUGGGCCUUCCGCCGGUCCUCUCGGCAAGCAUGCAAACGGUGGUCGAAACUGGGAAGGAUUUGGCUCAGAUCCUUAUCUACAAGGCAUCAUGAUGGCGGAAACCAUCGAGGGUAUGCAAGAGGCAGGUGUCCAAGCUACGGCGAAGCAUUGGCUUGUAAAUGAACAGGAAUUGAACCGAGAGACUAUGAGCUCAGAUGUGCCGGAUAGGGUACUUCGCGAACUUUACGUGUGGCCCUUCAUGGAUGCUGUGCACAGCAAUGUCGCAGCAUUCAUGUGCAGUUAUAACAAGAUCAACGGAACAUGGGCUUGCGAAAGCGACGGUGUGAUGAACAAGCUCCUUAAAGACGAGCUCGGUCAUCGUGGAUACAUCAUGAGCGAUUGGAAUGCGCAACACACUACCACUGGGAGUGCGAACGGUGGCAUGGACAUGACCAUGCCCGGCACCGACUUCAGCAACGGCAACAUCUUUUGGGGCCCGCAACUUCAGACCGCCAUAAACAACAAACAAGUGCAGCAAUCUCGCCUUGAUGACAUGGUCAAGCGCGUGUUAGCCGCCUGGUAUCUCGUUGGUCAAGACAAGGGCUAUCCAAGCACCUCAUUUAGCUCCUGGACGAUCGGCAAACAUGAAGUAGGCGGAAGCCACAAGACAAACGUCCGCGCUACGGCUCGCGAUGGUAUUGUCUUGCUAAAGAACACAAACGCCGCGUUGCCCUUCAAGAAGCCCAAAAGCAUCGCUGUCAUCGGAAGCGACAGCAUCGUUGCGCCUAAAGGAGCCAAUGCGUGCGUUGAUCGCGGAUGUAACGAUGGAACAUUGGCCAUGGGUUGGGGUUCCGGAUCAGUUGAGUUUCCUUAUCUUGUUGCUCCUCUUGAUGCUAUCAAGACACAAGCCCAGAAGGACGGAACUUCCAUCACUUCUUCGCCCAACGACAACGCGCAGCAAGGUGCUAGCGCAGCACAAAACGCUGAUAUUGCGGUGGUCUGCAUCAACAGCGAUGCUGGCGAAGGUUACAUAACCGUCGAAGGCAAUGCUGGUGACAGGAAGAACCUGGACCCAUGGCACAACGGAAACGAAUUGGUCAAGGCAGUUGCUGCUGUCAACAAGAAGACCAUUGUUGUAGUCCAUAGCGUCGGUCCAGUCAUUAUGGAGCAGUGGAUCGAGAACCCGAAUGUAGUUGCUGUUGUUUGGGCAGGUCUCCCAGGUCAAGAAUCCGGAAAUGGCCUUGUCGACAUCCUCUACGGUGCAGCUUCACCAAGCGGCAAGCUACCCUACACCAUCGCAAAGAAGGAAUCAGACUACGGUACCACGAUUGCCAGUGGUGACGACAAGAACUGGGACCUCUUCAUCGAUUACCGCCGUUUCGACCAGCAGAAGAUCGAGCCCAGAUUCGAAUUCGGCUACGGUCUCUCCUACACUAACUUUACUUACUCCGACCUCAGUGUCUCCGGCAAACCCUCUGCGGGUCCUGCAACCGGUGCCAAGGGUCCUGGAGGCCCUGUUGAUCUCUUCGAAACCGUAGCUACCGUUACCGCCAAGAUCAGCAACUCCGGUGGUGUUGCGGGUGCGGAGGUGCCACAGCUGUAUCUAGGCUACCCUUCAUCGACCAACUCACCACCGAAGCAAUUGAGGGGUUUCGCGAAACUCAAGAUUGAAGCCGGUGCCAGUGCGACGGCUACAUUCAAGCUGAGGAGACGAGAUAUGAGCUUUUGGGAUGAGAGCAGUAGGAAAUGGAGUGUUGCUACUGGAGAGUAUCAGAUCUUCGUGGGAUCGAGUUCCAGGGAUGUGAGAUUGACGGGCAAGAUCACUCUGCUAUCAAACGAAUCACUACAUCACCUCACAUCUCCGCUCAUCAUGUUGUCGCAAAUGAUCAAGCCUUCCACCAUGCGGUCCGCAGGGUUCCUGGGACGAAUGACAAAGAACCGUGUACAGGCACGCUCCCUUGCUACUGUUGAAGGAAACACUCAGCGUGCCAUUCCUACUCCUAGCAUGCGCAGGGCCACGGCUGUUUCCAAUGAACCUGCUACUUUCACAAUCAAAAAUGGACCCAUCUUCGAAGGCAAGUCUUUCGGAGCCAAGACCAACAUCUCCGGAGAAGCCGUCUUUACCACUUCACUUGUCGGUUACCCCGAAUCUAUGACCGACCCAUCCUACCGUGGCCAAAUCCUCGUCUUCACACAACCAUUGAUUGGCAACUACGGUGUUCCUUCCAACGCCCGUGACGAGCAUGGCUUGCUCCGAUACUUCGAAUCCCCGCACAUUCAAGCUUCUGGCAUCGUCGUUCAGGACUAUGCCUUGAAGCACAGCCAUUGGACAGCUGUCGAGUCACUCGCAGCAUGGUGUGCUCGUGAGGGAGUUCCCGCCAUCUCUGGCGUUGACACCCGUGAGGUUGUGACAUACCUCCGUGAGCAAGGUUCCUCUCUUGCUCGUAUCUCAAUUGGUGAGGAGUACGAUGCCGAUGAGGACGAGGCAUACAUUGACCCUGAGGCUAUCAACCUCGUGCGCCGUGUAUCCACCAAGGCUCCCUUCCAUGUCAGCUCUUCUUUGGGCGAUAUGCACGUAGCUUUGAUCGACUGCGGUGUCAAGGAGAACAUUCUCCGCAGUCUCGUCUCUCGCGGUGCCAGCGUCACCUGCUUCCCCUUCGACUACCCCAUCCACAAGGUUGCCCACCACUUCGACGGUGUGUUCAUCUCCAACGGCCCCGGUGAUCCAACUCAUUGCACGACCACCGUCCACAACCUCCGCAAGCUGUUCGAGACUUCCCAGGUUCCCGUCAUGGGUAUCUGCAUGGGUCAUCAGCUCAUCGCCCUUGCUGCUGGUGCGAAGACUAUCAAGCUCAAGUACGGCAACCGUGCGCAUAACAUCCCGGCUCUUGACCUUACCACGGGCAAGUGCCAUAUCACCUCGCAGAACCACGGAUACGCGGUUGACCCCACUACCCUGUCCAGCGAAUGGAGGGAAUACUUCACCAACCUCAACGACCAGUCCAACGAGGGUCUGAUCCACAACUCCCGUCCCAUCUUCAGCGCCCAGUUCCAUCCCGAGGCUAAGGGUGGUCCUCUAGACUCUGCAUACCUCUUCGAUAAGUACAUGGAGAACGUCCAGCAGUACAAGAGCCACCAAAACAGCUUCUCGGAGAAGAGCAACAAGCCCAGCCCUCUCCUCGUCGACUUGCUGAGCAAGGAGCGUGUUGGCUGCCACCCUGAUGCACCGGACUUUGAGGGUCACGCAGCGGGUAUGGCCAAUGAGGAGAUCACAGUCGGUGGACCCGUCGCGCCGUCCUACCAGCCCAUUACUCAGAAGCCCGUUGCCUCUGCUGCUUAG